UUGUUAGCAUCUCUUGAUAAACUUAAUUGUCUCUCGUCACUGACGGCACAGAGCUAUUGAUGGGUCUCAGCCCCCAGCUAGCUGUCAUCCUGCUCUUCUUUCUUGAAUGUACCGGGAGCCAUAUCCACGGAUGCGACGACAAUCACUUGAUAGAAAUCAUCGGCAUUUUGAAUGAGGUCACAGGAGAAGGGACGCCAUGCACCAAGAUGCUUGUGCCAGAUGUCCUUACAGCAACGAAGAACACCACAGAGAGUGAGCUCAUCUGUAGGGCUUCCAAGGUGCUUCGCAUAUUUUAUUUAAAACAUGGGAAAACUCCGUGCUUGAAGAAGAACUCUAGAGUUCUCACCGAGCUGCAGAGACUCUUUCGGGCCUUGGGAUGCCUGGAUUCAUCGAUAAGCUGCACCAUGAAUGAGUCCAAGUCCACAUCACUGAAAGACUUCCUGGAAAGACUAAAGAGCAUCAUGCAAAUGGAUUACUCGCAGUCCUGAGCCGCCAUGCUUUAACUUAUAAAUUUUUAAUGGUUUUAUUUUUAAUAUUUAUAUAUUUAUAACUCAUAAAAUAAAAUAUUUGUAUAAUGUAACAGAAA